CGCACCCUUUGACAUUUCGGGAUGUAUAAAGACAUGUGUUCCGGAAACUUAAGGGUCUUAGCCGGCAAACCAACCGCUCAUUGGUGCCCUCUCUGGGUCGCCUCCUCAAUCCAGGCCGCGCGUUUCAGGGGCCUUGAUGCUACCCAUACACACCCAGGCGUCACUGAGUUGCCACUGGGUUGCGCCUUAGGCUUGGAGCGGUUGGGGCUGGAGGCAAUCCAGAAGCAAUAGGACGUCCGUUCCACCCACAUCAACCUCCCGCAAAACUCGUCUCAAACCCAAGGUCUUGACUUUACCAAGUUACAAAAAGUUUCUAGACGCCAACCUCUACACUUAUCGAUUCAUUCAGCAAGCCACUGAUAGCCAUCUAUAGAGAGCAUCGUUACGCCAUUGUUCCUACCCUCGGCAGAUAUAUGAGCCAUAAUGCUCAUACGAACUCCCUUCCGUACAUGGAAGGGGUGAGAAUGCUCGUCGGCUACACCCCAGACGAGGCUAUUGGAGACGAUCUCACCGUAUACGGCGCGGCCAUUCCGUCCUACCCACAAUGGGAGCUCUCGGAGUCUAUGAACCCGCCAGCCUUUCUGGGUGCUUUCCACAAUGAAGUCGGCAUCACUACCCUAUCCAGACAAGACUACGUUCCCCAAGACCAAUUGUUAUUCUACGGGGAAUCUAGUUCGGGAGACCAUUGGGUCAAUAUAUACUCCACCGUCAAGAACCAGACUCUAUCACACGAUCGCCUGGUAACGGUUGCUGACGAACCACUGUCAACCUUGACUCCUUCGCUGCAGUCAUCACAAGAGUUACCCAAUAAGCCCGGUCGGAAGAGGAAGACGCAGCUCAGUGGACGCGCAGCUUCAGAAUCCGCUAGACGCAAUGCCAAAGGAGACAAUAACACGGAUGAUCAGAGGAGGAGAGGGAUUGUUGCUGACGGAAAUGGGAUCAACGUCAGCAGCGGCAUGACUAAUCGCAAACAACAUAUAAAACAUAAGCGAAUUCAAGAGAGAAACCGCAUCGCUGCCGACAAAUGUCGCAUGAGAAAGAGGGAGCAUUUUUCGAGACUCCAGUUCGAUGAACAAGCUACAGAGCAACGCCAUAGAGAGCUGUCUAGCUGCAUGAAUGACCUGAAUGAAGAGAUUUUAUAUCUCAAGAUGCAACUUUUGCAGCACACCAGUUGCAACUGCACCUUAAUACAGCAUUACAUUAAAAAUGAGGCACAACGCUAUACUGACGCUCUGGGGCUGAGGUGA